AUGUUCGAACUCUUUCGUGGACCGUAUUGGCUGGAUCGAUCGACCGUUACCUGGAUCCUUGUCUGUUCUGUUGUCACCAUCGGGAUGAUCCAGUUCCGCAAGAAACGUUUUGAUCCGAAAGGACAACACUGUUAUAUCGGAGGCGGCUCACAAGGCCUUGGCCUGGCACUUGGAUGUCUACUUGCCAGUCGGGGAGCCCACGUAACGAUCGUUUCUCGGAGUCAAAAAAAGCUGGACGAGGCUCUAGAAAGAAUUGAAACAUUUCGAACAUCUCCAUCUCAAAAAUUUGCAAGCUUGGCGUAUGAUCUCUCGAGUGUCGAGGGUGCGGAGAAAGCCAUGGAUGCCGCUGCUGCACCAUUUGACGGGAAGGUACCAGACCAUGUAUUUAGUUGCACCGGAGGGGCAGCCGGAAUUCUUGGAUAUUUCAUCGAGCUUACACCAGCUCAACUCCAACAAAGUAUUGAUGUGAACUAUUGGACCGCAGUGUGGACAGCACAAGCAGCUGGUCGAAGGAUGGCUAAACAGGGUGUUCGUGGAUCGAUAGUAUUGACAUCCUCAGUAAUUGGGUUCUUUGCCGUGCCAGGUUAUUCGGCAUACGCAGCUGUCAAGCAUGCUGUCAGAGGACUUGCCGAAUCACUGAGGAUCGAGUUCCUACUUUACAACAUCAACGUCCAUUGCUAUUUUCCCGCGACGAUUUUUUCGCCUGGCUUUGAGGAAGAGCAGAAAUCGAAACCUGAACUGACAAAAAUUAUCGAAGGGGCAGACGAGGGGUUAACGCCUGAGCAAUGUGCCCUUCGACUGGUCAGAGGUCUCGAGAAAGGGCACGUAAUGAUCACUUCAGAUCCAAUUGGCCACCUCUUCAGAAAUAGCAUGCGUGGAAUGUCACCUGUCUCGAACUACAUUCUUGAUCCAAUUUUUGCCGCUGUUGCUCCCAUCGCCAUCCCGAUCUGGAGGAAGAUUACAGAACGUCAGAUUAGGUCACACAUCCCCCAACACAAGAAAGAAGUGGUUGAUCGAUUAUAA